UCUAUCUGCCCUUGAGCAUCCCGGGUAAACCCGAGCUUGUAAAGUAGGGACAGUAGGAGGAGAGAGGGGACGGAGGGCGGGCACAAGCUUUUCCUCAAAGUCAAUAUUUUAUACUUUUGAUACUCCUGGAUUUCGGUCCUCGUUUCCCUGCCGUUUCCAGAUCUAGGACACCGAUCAACGAUCUGCGCAGCCAUUCACGGCGUGAUUUUAUUUCUUUAAAAAAAAAAAGGGGGAAAAAAAAGUAUCCAACAGAAGAGAAGGCAAAAAACAAACAGGCAGAUCACGGGAGUACAGUGAGGACGGACGGAGAGGAUUUUUGUGGCCGAAGAGAGGACGACGGUGUUUUCACGGAUGCAUGUUUGAAGACAAUCACAGGAGCUCAGUCCAAUGGAUGCACCUGAGGACACGGCGACUUCUCCGUCACCCUGCCCGACCUGCUCCACUGUUUGUCCGCAGGACGCCGCUCUCUGAGACAUGGAUGCACGCUGACGCUCCCACACCCAACUCCCUGCAACACUAUGGUGAAAGUAUAUGCCAGCAAGAACAAUCUCUGUAACAUUAUCCGCCUCUCCAUCCACCGCCCAUCUUCCUCGGGAAGUCAGUCUUCCAAUCAGCAAAGUAUCUGGGCUCUGCAUGAGCCGUCAAUAUUUAUGAAGAGACACUGAGCCAAAGUUGCCGAUACUGUGUUUUUCCUGCUAUUUAGGGAAUUUAUCAACCUGGAGGCGAGUCGUGCCCAUUCAAAGUAUAGCAGUAUGGUGGUAUAGGGAUGCCCACCAUUUCCUCAUGAUCACCACUCCAUGCGCGUCACCUCUCCUCUGAGCUCCGUGGCCCCCUCACCCUGCGCCGGACCUCGCUCCAAACACUCCCCCAGCCUGCCAUGCUCCUCCAGGCCGUGUUACUGUUGCUCCUGCACUGUGUGGCCUCCACUCUAGGCCAGUACGAACUGUGCAAAUCCCUGGUGAGCACGGAUGAGGGCUCAGUGUGGGAGCAUUACGCGUGCCAGCCCAAACCCGCGUCCAUGAAAGACUACAUGCGGAUCAAGGUAGAUCCAUCCGGAAUCACGUGUGGAAACCCCCCGGAGAGGUUUUGCACUCUGGAGAAUCCAUACCUGUGCAGUGAUGAGUGCGAUGCCUCUAACCCAGACUUGGCUCAUCCUCCUCAGCUGAUGCAGGAUCGUGAACGCAACGGCCUAAUCACUUACUGGCAGACGGUCACAUGGAGACGCCACCCAGAGCCCCUGCUGGCUAACAUUACUAUGUCUUGGAACAAGAGUCUGGAGCUCACAGAUGACGCCCUGAUCACCUUUGAGUACGGUCGUCCCACUAUCAUGGUGCUGGAUAAAUCCAUGGACCAUGGGCGCUCCUGGCAGCCCUACCAGUUCUAUGCUGACGACUGUCUGGACGCCUUCAACAUGCCACCCAAGCGUGUGCGUGACCUUUCACCUGCCAACAUCACAAAGGUCAUCUGCACUGAGCAGUACUCGCGUUGGGUCGGUUCCAAGAAUGACAAGAAUGUUAAGUUUGAGGUGCGGGCACGCUUUGCUGUGUUUGCCGGAGCUCGGCUACAGAACAUGGACAAUCUGUACACUCGCAUGGAAAGUAUGAAGGGAUUGAAGGACUUCUUCACCUUCACCAACCUUAGGUUGAGGCUUCUCAGGCCGGCCCUUGGAGGCACAUAUGUCCAGAGAGACAACCUGCUCAAGUACUUCUAUGCCAUCUCAAACAUCGAGGUACCAGCCAGGUGUAAGUGCAACCUACAUGCCUCCCAGUGCCUGCUGCAGGAUGGGAACCUCCAGUGUCAGUGUGAACACAACACCACAGGCCAGGACUGCCAGCGCUGCAGGAAGGGCUUCAAAGCCAAAUCCUGGAAGGCUGGUUCCUACCUGCCGACACCUAACGGAACACCCAACACUUGUACAAUUGCUGGUUCCCCCUCCGGUUCUAACUCCAUUGACUUCAGCAGCUCUGAUCACCAUUUUGAUCACAGUGAAGAGGUUCUCCCUCCAGGAGAGGAGCACAGAGAUGCCUUGACACCGGAAGAGUCCGCACCCUCGGACACAAUCCACACACACUCACAUCUGUCCCACCCAGUCCCUAAGGAGCCCGCACAUCACGCAGUUGUUUUUGAUCAUCAUCACCAUCCAGUCACAGCCGACCACCAUCACACAACUUUGGUCAAAACUGGGGAAAAUCAGGCAAAGAAUGGUCAGAGAGGAGUCUCUCACACGUCUGAGGAACAUGAGACACACUUUCACAAAACAACCAUCUCGUCUGAGCACGGAGAGGAGGAAGGAAAUGCUGAGAGCAGAGUCUCCCAUGAUUUUGAGAAGCACGAGCCUCACAAAAUUACACACACGUCUGACCACGGGGAGAGAGGAGAGGAGUUAAAAGAAGAAGAAAGAAAAGUGUCCCAUGAAUCUGAUCACCAUGGACAUGACACUCAUGGAGAGAAACAUUCAACCUCAUUUGAACACAAUGACAGGGGUAGAGAAAGAAAACCUGAGGAAAUAGUUGCCCACAACUCUGAAGAACAUGAACACGAGAGUCAUGGCCACAAAACUACAACUCUACAUGAGCACAGAGACACAAAGUGGGAGCAUACAGAAGCUGACAGGACAGUCUCCCACAACUCUGAGGGACACGUACACGAGACUCAUGGCCACAAAGCAACCACCUCAUCUACGCACGGAGAGAAGCACGACCACAAAGAAAGACAAGCUGAAAGGACAGACCACCACAAGACUGAGGAACAUGUUCACGAGACUCCUGGUCACGAAACGUCAACCUCAUCUGACCACAAGGAGGAAAAAGAAGGCCUCCACACGCACGAGACUCAUGGUCACAGGACAGCAGCCUCGUCUGAGCACGGAGCAACAUGGGGGGAGGAGGGGGCGCAUACAGGGAGGAAAGUUUCCCACCAUUAUGAGGCACAUGUUCCUGAAACUCAUGGCCACAAAACAGCAACCUCAUCAGAGCAUGGAGAGGAGCACCACCACACAGCAAUAAUGACAGACCACCACAAGUCUGAGGGACAUGGGCACCAUGGUCACAAGACAUCAACUUCAUCUGAGCACUGGGAGAAAGGACAGGAGAGGGAGGAAGAGGAGCAUAGAAACAGAAACACUGAAAGAAAAGUCCUCCAUCAGCUUGAGGAACUCAUGCAUGAGACUCAUGGCCACAGAACCACAACCUUGUCAGAGCACGGUGAGAGACAGGAGGAGGAGAAAGAAAGAAACGCCAAAACAACAGGCCACCACGUGUUUGAGGGACAUGAACAAGAGCCACACGGACACAAACAUGUGACACCUGGCCAUAAACAUGACACACAUGACCUCAAACAUGAGAUACAUGGCCACAAAACGACACCAUUUUCCAAGCAUGAGGAGGAGACAGAUGAGGUUGAAAGACACGCUGAAAGGAAAGUCUCCCAGAGGUCUGAGGGGCAUGUACAUGAGACUCAUGGCCACCAAAUCACAGCCUCAUCUGGGCACGGAGGGGAAAAACAUGAGGCGGCACAUGAAGACAGAAGAGAGUCUGGGGGACAUGUGCAUGAGAUUCAUGGCCACAAAGCCGCAAGCUCACCUGAGCACGGACAUGACAGGCAUGAGGAGACGCAUAGAGAAAGCAAAGUUUCCCACAAGCCUGAAGAGCAUGUACAUAUGACACAUGGUCACCAAACAACCUCAUCUGAGCAUGGGGAGGAAAGAGAGGACAGACACGUGACAGUCUUUCAUAAGUUUGAGGAAAACGAACACAAGACUCAUGGUCAUAAAGAAACAUCCUCACAUGGGCACGGGGAGGAGAGACAACCUGAAAGGAAAGACUCCCAUGAGUCUGAGGAACACGGUCACGAGACUCAUGGCCACAGACCAACAACCUCUCAUGGGCACAGGGAGGAAAGAAAGCCUGAGAGGAAAGUGUCCCAUCAUUUUGGCGAACACGUCCAUGAGACACAUGGCCACACACCAGCAACUGCAAAUGAACACGGCCAUGACACUCACAAUCACAGGACUGUGUUUUUCGAGCGUGGAGGGACACAGAAGGAGAGGCAUGAGGAAACACAUGUCCACCACAAGGCUGAUGGACACAAAUAUGAGACCCAUGGCCACAAAACAACAACAACAACAACAACCUCUCAUAAGCACGGAGAGGAGGAGCAUAGAGAAAGAAAACCUGAAAUGACAGUUCACCACAGGUCUGAGGGUCAUGUACACGAGACUCAUGGCCAUAAAAUCACAACGUCUCAUGAGCACAGGGAGGAGAAGCAUGAAGAAAACAAAGUCUCCCAGAAGUCUGAGAGCCACGGUCAUGAGACUCAUGGUCACAAAGCAACAACCUCACAUGGACACGGGGUGGAAAGAAAGCCUGAAAAUAAAGUGUCCCACGAUAUUGGCGAGCAUGUACAUGAAACACAUGGCCAAAAAGCAUCUGAACACGGCCAUCAGGAGCACAGCCACAGAUCAAGGGAGGGGCAUGAAGACAAACAUGUCUCCCACAAUUUUGGGGAACACUUACAUGAAACAAACAGCCAUAAAACCACCUCAUCUGAGAAGGAGGAGGAGGAGGAGCACGCAAAAAGAAAGGCUGAAAAAAGAGGUAUCUCUUAUGUUUGUAGUGGUAAUGGUGAAAUACUACACAAAAAAAAGUAUAGGCAGAAGAUAAAUUAUCCCUGUGGGCUAAACAAGUAGCACCUCAUAAUAAAAAAAAGACUCUAAAUGUAUCUCUUCAACUACAUGACAACCUGUCAGUCAACAUGAGCUAUAAAGCUAAUUCUUUAUUUGGUUCAAACAGCAGUGCCAUAUUUUUAACUGAGAAAUGACAGACACUGAAGGGCAGACAAGGAAAUUAAGCAGGAGACAUGGGAAGAGUAGAAAGGAAAUUUCUACCUUAAAAUAGCGCUCACUGUUAUAUUGUUAAAUACUCACAUGUAGGACUGAAAAAUGUAUUGUUUUGUAUCGAAAUCACAACUUGAAACAACACAAAAGGCAGCAUUUUGUGU